AUGUUUUCGGCUUUUGGUCAACCAACGCGGAGUCCUUCUCCAGCGUUCAAUCCUUUCGCAACUAAGUCUGAAGACAAAGGAAGCGCAUUCGGUCUUGACGGCGCGAGCGAUUCUUCCAAGACGAAACGGAAUAAACGAGCAUCAGCAUUUGGUGACCAUAGCGACAGCGAAGCGAAGUGGAAGGUCAAGACCGGUUUUAAGGGAAAAGAUGCCAAUAUGAGUGACGGAGGCGGUAGGCUCAACCCCCGUAAAGGUGACGACAAGAAGAAGAUCAGCGGUUCAAAGAAAAAUCCAUUCGGUGCUGCCCCUUCUACCAAGAAUUCUGCAGGUCAAAACGCGCGCAACAAUGGCUCUAACCCAUUCGCGACAACGCGUGAUGAAUCGCGACCAACCUCGCCAUCAAGCGUCGACACCCAGGAUGAUCACAUCCCCGAAGCCCACCAUUCCGAUGACCCUCAUGCCAAAAGAGUAUACGAGCAGUUGCGGAAAGAUGGUAUUUACCCUCCUCAAUGGCCGUCUCAACCUGGAAACCCUAAGAACAAGGGCGAGGUCUCAAAAUUUCGCGAGAAAUACGAAACCUACCGCAGUAAGGCACGCGCCUCACUCACAAAGGCUGGCCUAAUCGACGACCCGGAAAAGCGAAAGACACUUCAAGAUGCGAUCGACUUCAAGGGUAUCUGUGAGGAUAUGUGCCCCGAGUACGAAAAGAUCACGCGAAUCAACGAGAUGGAUGUUCAUCAGCCCGAGAAAAAUCCCAAAACAACGUUUGCCAACACAAAUCGCAUGAUCAAGAAGCUUGCCCGUUCCGCUGCUGGUCAAGAGGCGCCUCUUCCCAUGGAUGUUCGAUCGAUCCCGGCUCUCAAAAGGACUUUGGAUUAUCUUAUUGAUGAUCUAUUACGCGAAGACAGAAAACUACCAGGUUUGCAUGGCUUCCUUUGGGACAGAACACGAGCGAUCCGCCGAGACUUUACCUUCUUCUCGUCUCUUACACCUGAUGAAAUGAAACUGCAAGUCUAUGUUUUAGAGAAUAUUGCUAGGUUUCAUGUCACAGCACUGCAUCUCCUCACCCAAGAGGGUAAAGCACCCGAAGAUUUUGUGGAACAACAAGAAUUAGAACAGCUUGGAAAGGCUCUGCUAUCUCUCCGUGAUGCCUAUGACGACUGUAACGAUCAAGGCAUCCGCUGCGAAAACGAACCCGAAUUCCGAGCAUACUAUCUCAUAUUCCAUGCAUACGACUCAAAUAUUAUCGAAACUCUCCAGCGCCAAUGGAAGCCAAAUCUUUGGAGGGACUCUGAUGAGGUUCGCACAGCAGUGUCGCUGGUCGAGGCUCUUCAGAACACCCAAGAUUUUCAUGGGCCCCUCAAGGACGCACCAUCAUUAGCUGCAUCAUCAGCAUACCAAUCAUAUUUCCGAAUCGUCGAGGAUCCCAAAGUUUCUUACACAAUGGCCUGCUUCGCAGAAUGCCAUUUUCCCAGACUCCGCCGUUGUAUCCUAUCUGCUAUAAAACGAGGUCUUGCUAGGCCUCGCGAGACUUCCAAGGAUGUCACAGCUGCUGAGCUGAACAAAUUCCUUCGCUUCGAUACUGUUGAGCAGGCAAUUGAUUUUGCAGAGCUUCAUAAUAUUGAAUUCGGCGAAUGCGAAGAAGAUCCUUCUGAUCUUGGCCGUCAAUACGCAAAGCUAGACAGUCGAGUUUCAUUACCUCACCUUCGACUACAACAUCAAUUCUCUCACAAUCUGGUUGAAAAGAAGCGCGGCUCAAAAACACUUCCUCAGCUUAUUCACGAGACUGUAUAUGAAGAUACGACUCUUGCCAAACCUGCAACUAACGGAUUUGCUGGAGCAAGUGCUUUCACACCAAGUACUCAAGCUACGAACAAACCUUCGAUCCCUACUGGACCCAAAUCGACAUCGCCGAGUCCCUUUGCAUUGCCCAGUGCAUCUGGUGGAUCUUUGGGAAAUAACAAGGCUGUUAACGGCACCUCAGGGACUACAUUCAACGGAACCACACCCACGAACGGCUUUGCUGUGCAACAACCAAUAUCACAAAAAAGUCCUUUUGUUUCAGUUCUGGCUACCACGGCCAAACAGCCUGUUGGCAAUCCAUUUGCACCAGCUACUUCUGCAUCUAAGCCGUCACUGCCUGGCAGCGCCCCUGCUAAAACAGAUACCGGCUCCCAGCAGACACAAGCUCUUGGAACAGCGCAACCUUUGAACCCCUUUGCCUCUUCAUUCAAACCACCAACCACCAUAGAUGAGCCAGCAACGCCCAGCCCGUUCGGCCAACCUUUCACCUCCGCAAGUCAAGAGACUGGACCGGCAACAAAACCGACGUUUUCCUUCCCACCGGUCAAACCUGCAGUCUCGGCGACCGAAACCGCUUCCAGUAAGGAGUUGACAGACAAACCACAGAACCAAGCUACAACAACCGAGUCGAAAAAACCACCUACCAUCAACUUCAUCCCUCCUACCCCUCAACUACCUUCAUUCCCCUCUAAUACUGCAAUUCAACCACCAAAUCCAUUAAAAUCGAGCGCCAGUAACAGCGCUACACAACCAGCACCCACAACAGGGCUUGGCUCGGCCAAAUCUGUGCCAAGGAACGAAGAAGUACCUAAGCCAGCAACAAGUAUUCUUGGCUCACAGCCGCCUGCUGCGUCAACACCUCAAUUCUCGUUCCCAUCCAUUGGAACACCAGCUUUCCCGGCACCUCCCAAGAGCAGCGAUGUAUCUCCACCCUCGACGGUCCUGGCAACCGUUCAACCACCAAAAGAGCCCAGCCCUCCUCCGGCACUGCCAGCUCCACCACGUGAUCUUCUUGAUGACUUCACUAAGUGGUUUGUUGUGGGUGAUAACGGACUCAUGGACGAGUUUCAAGCAUUCAUGUUAGACAACAUUCUCCAAGGUGUAUAUCGAAAAUAUAUUCGAGACGAAGAAGCAAAGAGAAAAAAGGAGGAGGAAGAACAAGCCUGUGCAAAGGCGGAGCAAUUCCGUGUCUAUAACCUAUCAGUCAAGUACUUCUAUCGUUGGAAGGAGAUUGCACGCGAUCGACGCCUGAGUCAGCUUCGUCGCAGUGGCCGAGAACAAAUGAGAGCCUACUACGAGGAACAACGAGCAGCGCAGGCAAAGGCUCAGAAAGACGCUGCUCGUAGAGCGGCCCGUGAAAAGGCUGAGAUCGCGGAAUUGAACCGAUCGGAAGAGUUGAAGGACUUUCUCAAGCACAAAAAGCCCAGCAAACGUCGCCAAGCAGAAGAGGAGAAUGCCCUACUCGCUUCUGGUGUUUUAUCCGGAAUCGACAACGAACAAGAAGCUAUCACCAGGAUCGUGCGUAGAGCGCCAUCUGUUGCUAGUUCUGCCUCAAGUAAGCAGUCCAGCGCAUCGUUCUCAAGAGGUGGCUCCAAAACCAGGGCUCUUCGGCAACAGUUCGCUGGCGACCAACAUGCCGCCUUCAGGCGCUCACUGCCUCCUAUGGCCUCAAGAAAUACCUCAAGCCCCGAACCCGGCAAUCGUGUCAGUAGGGUCUCCGAACGCUGGCGUCUCAAAGCUAUGGGUAUUGUUCAAUUGCCUGAUGGCACGGCUGUGCCCGACUCAAUAGCAAAUGAGAUGCACCACGAUAAAAAGAGACUUGGUGUUAGUACAAUGGGCCCCCCCAGUAGCUACCCCAUCCGCCGAGCUUCCGGAGGCGAUUUCGCACGCUCAGAAACACGGCACCGCAUUUCCAGCUCACACGAUACAAUCGACACCAGCGAAUCUGACAGUGGCGCCACCAAAAACAAGAGAAAACGUACAACUGAAGACGAGGACGAAACUACCCAAGAACGGCAAGCAAAAUCCAGCUCACAUAAAAGGGUCAUGAGCGAUGCGCAAAAUCUUAUCAACGAACUCCGCUCUAUGAGAGAAGAGAUAGAAGAAGGCGCAACAUGGUUCAAAGGUCAGAAUGACAGGCUACAAAGCGAGUUGAUUAGCAGAAGCUCGACGCCCUGGGAUCAAGACGUUUGA